AUGUGUCCAGUUUCUUUAGAUUCUUGCCAUUUUCUCCUACGUUUUUCUCCUUUCCUAUUAUGUUACGAUUUGGAAAUCGGCUCCGACCUGAUGAACGAGUUCGAGGCUUUCGAAUCCAAGGAUAUCAAACUGAUUCCGGAAAUGAUUAGGCCACCGUUGGCCUCUAUGCAACACUACUUGUGCGGAGAGUGUGGAAAAGGAUACAAGUGGAUGGCGAAUCUUCGCAGGCAUCAAAGACUUGAAUGCGGAAAAUUACCCAAGCAUCGAAAACGAGCGGACUUGAGCGACUGGUUCGUGAAGCAGGAGAACGAAUACGAGGAGCCGCAAACUUUGUUCGAGUUCGUUGCCAGCAGCUACGAUUUGGCGGAACGAAAGAAGGCUGCAAAGACUGUAAUCUGCGAGGAAUGCGGUGAGAAGUCGGAGAACUUCAAUUCAGAGAAAGACCAAGAGGACGACGCUGAGGUUUGUGAAAUCUCAUUUCACGGACAGUUGCCAAUGAAUUAUUUGCUCUGCGAUUCGUCCAUCUUGAAUUCCGUGGAGACAGGUGUCCUCCGGAAAAACGUCAAGUCUCACCAACAAUUUCGAUGUGACGGUUGCGACCGAGCCUACACGCGAAUGGACAGUCUGAAACGACACCAAGCGAAAUGCGAUGCUUCGUUGGAGAAGCUGCAGGAGGAAGUCGAGUGGCUACAUCGGCAGAAGUUCUAUUGUAAUCAGUGUGGCAAAGGUUACAAAAGGCUGGAUACCUUGAGGAGGCAUCAACGGCUUGUUUGCGGCGACAAAGAGAGCGCGUCUACAGCCUCCGACAAGCCGGCCACCUAA